AUGCCAGGCCUCAGGAUCAGCUUCAAUCAGCAGGUAUUCGGCAUCACACGCACCGCCUUCACGCUACGCCCCAGCUCUGAUAGCAGCGGCCAGAAUCCAUCAAGGUCUCACUCAGAGCUGAAAAAUAAGAUGGUCCAUCCUCAUACCAGAAAUCUGUCAACCACCUACCACUGUAAGUACCACCGUAAGUACCACCGUAAGUACCACCGUAAGUACCACCGUAAGUACCACCGUAAGUACCACCGUAAGUACCACCGUAAGUACCACCGUAAGUACCACCGUAAGUACCACUGUAAGUACCUAGAAGUACCACUGUAA